UUCCCCAGUCUGUUCUGAACCUGGUAGCGGUAACAACAAACACAGUUGAUGAUGUUGCCACUUCGUAUACCUGCUGUGCUGUACCUUUUGGUGACCGUAUACCUCGCGAUCGACCCCGUGCACGGACAUGGAUACCUUAAGAAGCCUCCUAGCAGAAGCACCAUGUGGAGGUUUGGGUUCAACACACCAAAAAAUUACGAUGACAAUCAGCUCUUCUGUGGUGGGUUAGGGAAACAAAAAAGUCUGGGCGGGAAAUGUGGUUUGUGCGGGGAUGCGUACGACCAGCCAGCGCCGAGGGACAACGAGGCUGGCGGGAAAUACGCCAAAGGGGUCAUCUCGGAAUACUAUACCCAGGAUUCCGUCAUCGAGAUCACCGCUAAAAUAACAACCAAUCAUCUGGGCUAUUUCGAAUACCGCCUCUGUGAAAAUAAUGACAUCACAAAAACGAUUACGAGGGAAUGUCUGAAACAUUUGCUUGUAAACCCAGACACAGGAGAGACAAAGCACUACAUUGGGAAAACCAAAGAUGACAUUGUCACCAGACUUCAACUUCCAAAGGGUGUCACAUGUUCACAAUGCAUUGUGCAGUGGCGAUAUCACACAGAAAACCGUUGGGGGAAAGAUGAGAUUACUGGUAAAGAAUGUUUGGGAUGUGGGCCACAGGAAGAGUUCUAUGGUUGUGCAGACAUAGCCAUCACCAAUGACGGGCCGGUAGCUACCACACAAGCGACGCAACCACCAGCUACCAUGACGACCAUUCUAAAAUCAUCACCAGCAGCAGCAACAACAACAGAAUCAACCAAAACGACAGAUAAUAAACCACCACCAACAACACCGAGCUCCAAAUUGUCCUGUGUGGCUAUCGCCGCGCCGGCGGACGACAAUUACUGCAAUACUAACUGUAACCGGGCGCCGUAUCACUGCCCUGCCGAAUUUUGUUUAUGCAAUGGACCCGUGCCCACCGGCAAGGGACGCUUUAUCAAACUGUUACUAACUGGUAUCAUUAUGGAUUAAUUAUAAUUGAUCAUUGUUAACACGUGUUGUAAAGAGCAGAUAACUCUUCCACCAGGAGGGGACAAAAUCAUGUCAAUUAUUCUAACGGUAAACAUUUUUAUUUGACCUCCUGUUUUUAUUUAUUCAUAGUGAAUAUUGUAAAGUCGUUAGUAUGUAUUCCUGUUUGUGUACUGGUUAUGUUAAAUUGUAAAUAAAAUACUCUUUUGCUUAUCCAAA